CCUACUAUUCACAUUCUUUCCAAUAAAUUUUAGACAAGAAAAUAAUUUUUUAAGUUAAAGCAGCUGAUUAAAGCCUUUUAAAUAGUUGAAGUUAUGCCUUUAACAACUUCAGCUCUGCCAAGGGCCAUAAAUUCACUUUGAGGCCUUAGCCAUUAGCUUCAUCUUCAAACACAUUCUAACUUGUAUUGGCUAAAGAGAAACAAGAAAAUGGCUGUAUCAAGAGAAGGUGAGACAGAGUUCUCACAAUUCGAGGCAUCAAACACAAAAGGGUUCUCGCAAACACUUCAAGGAACUGAGAAAGUACAAUUUUCUCAGUUCUCCCAAACAGUUCAAACACCUAUGGCUUCUGACAACGAGAGAAGGCGUGAUUGGGUUCUAAAUGUGCCGAAACCACCAGGCUGGUUAUCAAAUCUGAAGACUUCAUUCAAGAAAACAGUAAUCUAUCCUCUUGAAAACAAGCUUGAAUGCAUUGGAAAGCAGCCUGUUCCUGCACUCGUUUCGAUUAUCAACGUCAUAUUUCCUCCACUAUCUUGGUGUAAAGAAUACAAUGUAACAAAAUUCAAAAGGGAUGUCUUGGCUGGUUUAACUCUUGCAAGCCUUUGCAUUCCUCAGAGCAUUGGCUAUGCGACUCUCGCAAAACUUGAUCCUCAAUAUGGCCUGUACACAAGUGUUAUUCCGCCACUUAUUUACGCUAUGAUGGGGAGUUCAAGAGAGAUAGCAAUUGGACCAGUUGCUGUUGUUUCACUUCUCUUGUCCUCAAUGAUUCAGAAACUUGAAGAUCCUACAGCUAAUCCAAUUGGAUACCGUAAGCUCGUGCUUACGGUGACCUUCUUCGCCGGUAUUUUUCAAGCUGCGUUUGGACUACUUAGGUUGGGAUUUCUGGUUGAUUUUCUAUCACAUGCUGCUAUUGUUGGUUUCAUGGCUGGUGCUGCCUGUGUGAUUGGUCUACAACAGCUCAAAUCACUACUUGGGAUUUCAAACUUUACAAAUAAGACGGAUAUCAUCUCUGUCUUAACUUCAAUCUGCAAAUCAAUGAAUACAUUGCAUACUUUUAGCUUUAUGAUUGGGAGUUCAUUUCUGAUCUUCAUCCUUCUUACCAAGUACUAUCUGGCAAGGAAGUACAAGAAACUGUUCUGGUUAGCUGCAAUGGCACCACUGUUGUCUGUAAUUCUGUCAACACUUGUUGUUUUCUUGACAAGAGCCGAUAAACAUGGAGUUAAGAUAGUGAAGCACAUCAUUGGAGGAUUGAACCCAAGUUCUAUCCAUGAAUUGCAGUUCAAUAGUCCCCACACUGCUGAAGCAGCCAAAAUUGGGCUAAUCGUUGCACUGGUCGCCCUCACGGAAGCCAUUGCAGUUGGUCGAUCUUUUGCUACUAUGAAAGGGUACCGUCUUGAUGGAAACAAGGAAAUGCUGGCCAUGGGUGUUAUGAACAUUACAGGAUCCUUAACUUCUUGUUAUGUUGCAACUGGAUCAUUCUCAAGAACAGCAGUGAACUUCAGUGCUGGUUGUGAAACAGCUGUGUCCAACAUAGUGAUGGCUGCAACUGUGCUAAUAUCACUUGAAUUUUUCACAAGGCUUUUGUACUUCACUCCAGUAGCCAUUCUUGCUUCCAUUAUACUUUCUGCUUUGCCUGGACUCAUCAACAUAAGUGAAGCUAAAUACAUAUGGAAAGUAGACAAGAUGGAUUUUCUAGCUUGUGCUGCUGCAUUUCUUGGUGUCCUUUUUGUAUCUGUCGAGAUUGGCCUGCUCCUCGCGGUUGGUAUAUCAUUUGCAAAGAUCAUUCUGAACUCAAUCCAACCUGGAACAGAAAAACUAGGAAGGUUUCCAGGAAGUGAUUUGUUUGGGGAUGUGGAACAAUAUCCCAUAGCUACCAAAACUCCUGGGGCUCUCAUUGUCAGAGUCAAAUCUGCUUUGCUUUGUUUUGCAAAUGCCAACUUCAUUAGAGGAAGGAUAUUGAACUUGGCACUGGAAGAACAAGAUGAGGGUACCAUAGAAAGUGCUGAUCAAGAUAGAGUGCAACUAGUUAUCCUUGACAUGUCGAAUUUGCUCAACAUUGACACAUCCAGUAUAGCUGCUCUAGAGGACCUGCAGAAUGAGCUGGAAUCAAAUGGAAUGCAGUUAGCACUAGCGAAUCCAAGGUGGCAUGUGAUCCACAAAUUAAAGCUAGCCAACUUUUUGAAGAAAAUUGAAGGGAGGGUCUUUUUGACCAUUGGAGAAGCCAUUGAGGCAUGUUUGACUAGUAAGAAUAUGCUUCCUAUUUGAGAGUUCUUGUUUGAUCUGCAGCUGUUAGAACGUAUCACAAUAAUCGUCUUUUUGAAGUUAAUGUUCUCGAUGGCGAAUCGAUCAGUAUUUGAUUCUCGUUUUGCGUAUAUAUAUAUUCAAGGGGACAAUAAUAAAAGGAGCUAAUAGUAUUAUUGCUCCCUGUCAAUGUAAGAACGAAGUUGUGGCAUUCAAUCUGGCUUGAAUUGACAUUAUUAUGUUAUGUACCCACAUAUGAGUAAAUUUGAUGUCUGGAUGUGUAAUAUAUGUGUGAGUUAUUUUCUCAUA